AUGAAGGACUUGGGAGAGUUAAGGUAUUUUCUUGCUAUUGAAUUUGCUAGGUCCAAGGAAGGAAUUCUAAUGCAUCAAAGGAAGUCUGCAUUAGAAUUGAUUUCCGAAACUGGCCUUGGAGCUGCAAAGCCUGCUAUGCCUCCUAUGGAUAUUAAUGUGAAGUUCACAAAUAAGGAGUAUGAUGAUCAUGUUUUCAACGACACUAAUCAAGCAGAACCUAUUGUUGAUCAAGGAUCUUAUCAAAGACUCAUACGUAAACUUCUAUAUGUUACCGUGACUAGACCUUAUAUCUCAUUUUGUUUUCAGAAUCUAAGUCAAUAUUUACAAGCUCCCAAGAAGUCUCAUAUGGAAGAAGCACUCAGAAUAGUCAAGUAUCUAAAAAAACAACAAGACCAAGGGGUCUUACUAUCCAGUAAUAAGAACAAUGUGAUAGCAGCCUACUGUGAUGCAGAUUGGGUUGCAUGUCCUAACUCUAGAAAGUCAGUAACAAGUUAUGCAAUAAAAAUGGGAUAUUCUCUCAUCAUUUGGAAGUCUAAGAAACAAACAACUGUCUUCAAGAGCUCAGCUGAAGCAGAAUACAGAAGCUUAGCUUCCACCAUGGCAAAGAUAGUUUGGAUAGUUGAGCUAAUAAAGGAACUUGGUAUUGAUGUUACUCUUAUGUCAAGGUGUAUAGUGAUAGUAAGGUUGCAAUACAAAUAG